AGCAGAUUAGCGAGGGAGGAGCCCGCACGGUGCCGAAGUCACAGCUCCGUGGGCCGGACUCCGGCCCGGAUCGCUCGGGGCAAAGUCCUCCGGCGCGUCUGGCUCCCGCGCGCUCCGUCCGAUGGCGACCAGGGGACCCGCCUCGUCCGCCGCCAGGAACCGCGGGCCGGCUCUGGCCGCCCUGUGCUUGCUUCUGGGGACGGGCCGGUUCCCAGCAGCCGACGCCCUCAGACCAAAUGUCCUCCUGAUCAUGGCGGACGAUCUCGGCAUCGGGGACCUGGGUUGCUAUGGGAACAGCACACUGAGGACGCCCAACAUCGACCGGCUGGCGGCAGAAGGCGUGAGGCUCACCCAGCACCUGGCGGCCGCCCCCCUCUGCACCCCGAGCCGAGCGGCUUUCCUGACGGGGAGACUCGCUCUCAGAUCAGGCAUGGAAGCCAAUGACGGAUACCGGGCCCUACAGUGGAACGGGGGCUCCGGGGGGCUCCCCGAGAACGAAACCACCUUCGCGAGGAUCCUGCAGCAGCAGGGUUACGCCACCGGCCUCAUAGGAAAAUGGCACCAGGGCGUCAGCUGCCAGUCCCGCCGCGACCACUGCCACCACCCUCUGCGCCACGGGUUCGAAUACUUCUACGGGAUGCCCUUCACGCUGGUCAAUGACUGCCACCCAGGCCGGCCCCCCGAGGUGGACGCCGCCCUGAGGGCCCGGCUGUGGCGUCACACCCAGUGGCUGGCCCUGGGCGUCCUGACGCUGGCGGCCGGCCAGGCCUGGGGGCUCCUGUCCGUGCCCCGGGGGGCGGUCCUGGGGGCGGCCGGCCUCCUGGUCCUGUUCUUCGGGUCCUGGUACGCCAGCUUCGGGUUCGUGAGGCGCUGGAACUGCCUGCUGAUGCGAAACGGCGAUGUCGUCGAGCAGCCCAUGGUUCUGGAGAGAACCGCCGGCCGCCUGCUGAGGGAAGCCGUGUCCUACAUUGAGAGAAAUAAACACCAGCCGUUCCUACUCUUUGUGUCUUUGCUCCACGUACACAUCCCCCUGGUCACCAGGAGAGAGUUUCUUGGGAAGAGCAGGCAUGGCUUAUACGGCGACAACGUCGAGGAGAUGGACUGGCUUGUGGGCAAAAUCCUGGAGGCCCUGGAAGAAAACGGUCUGACAAACACCACCCUCACCUACUUCACCUCCGACCACGGGGGGCAUCUGGAGGCCGGAGACGAGGCGCUGGGCCAGCUGGGCGGGUGGAACGGCGUGUACAGAGGUGGCAAAGGCAUGGGCGGCUGGGAAGGCGGGAUUCGGGUCCCCGGGAUCUUCCGGUGGCCCGGGGUGCUGCCCGCCGGCCGGGAGAUCCACGAGCCCACCAGCCUGAUGGACGUGUUCCCCACCGUGGUCGAGCUGGGGGGCGGAGAGACGCCCCAGGACAGGGUGAUCGAUGGCCGUAGCCUGGUGCCCCUGCUUCUCGGGGCUGCCGAGCACUCGGCACAUGAGUUCCUGUUCCAUUAUUGCGGGAGGCACCUCCACGCCGCACGCUGGCAUGACCAGGACAGUGGCCGACUGUGGAAGGUCCACUACAUGACACCCCGGUUCCACCCCGAGGGCGCGGGCGCCUGCCACGGCCACGGCGUGUGCCCCUGCUCAGGGGAUGGCGUGACCCAGCACAGCCCUCCUCUGCUCUUCGACCUCUCCAGCGACCCCUCGGAAGCUCGGCCCCUGUCCCCCGACUCCGAGCCGCUGUUCCACGCGGUGGUCGCCAGGGUGGGCGCGGCCGUGGAGGAGCACAGAGCCACCCUGACCCCCGUGCCCUCACAGUUCUCCCUGAGCCACAUCCUCUGGAAGCCGUGGCUGCAGCCCUGCUGUGGGACCUUCCCCUUCUGCUCCUGCACCCAGGACGGAGGCCCCAGCGAGAAGUGACUGCCGCCCCCCCGGCCGGCGAGGCUCAGUGAUUGAGCGUCGACCUAGGAACCAGGAGGUCCCGGGUUCGAUUCCCGGUCAAGGGCACAGGCCCAGGUUGCGGGCUCCAUCCCCAGUGGGGGGCGUGCAGGAGGCGGCCGG